AUGACCAGGAACCGUGGAAGGAUAAGCGAUUGUAAAGAAUCCAAAAUAACCACAACAGCAGAAAUGCAGUCGCACUUACACACAAGAUAUCAUGCAUGUGUGUGUUCCUUCAGGAGUCCAUGCACAUUAUGCACAGCUGCCGUGACGAUGAGUUUCUUCCCCAUCGACUCUCGUGCUGCUUUCACUCUCACUCUCCAAUGUCUCUUGCAGGCGCCUCGAGCUGUCCUGCUGCUGCUGACUCAAGGCCUCAUCGCGCGCUGCGCCGCUGACUUCGGCGACCGCAUCAGCCUCUCCGGCGACCCUGAACAGACGAUCGCCACAUCUAGUUCGAAUGCAGAUAAUGCUAUCCCACAGAAUGUCCCAGCCUUCGAGGGUCCCUCAGAAGGGCGCGGAGGUUCGUCGGGUGCAACACCAGCAGCGCCUGCGGGCGUCGAGGGGCAACCGAGCGCGCCCGAGGUCGGAGUGCGAGCAGGGAAUGGCAAAGGCAUCGCAGGGGACGAGGGGCCGCCCGCCCCCCGCCGACCUCCGCCGAGGGUGAGAAGUAGACCGCGGCCGCGGCCCCUGCGGUCACGGUCCCGUGGGCGCGAACAAUCGAGCCAGUUAGGAGGCGGCGCCGGCGGAGGCAGCCGCCGGGAUCUCCCGUCUCUUCCUCCUCCGACGAAGGAAGAGACUGGAACGAGAACAACAGCGAACUCUACUCCCGUCGGAUCGCGCUUACGGUAUAACCGCUACGCCACGCGGCCGGCCGCCGGCGGUCGGACGCCGCUCCAGAGAGCUCGAGGGAAUGACGGAGGAUCGACGGCGGCCGAGGUGAGGUCAGAGGCCUCAGGUGGCAGGGGAGGCAAGGACGAUGCGGGCGAACAUCAGACUUAUUCAGACGGAGACGCAGAAGAUUACAGUCACGCAAACCCUUCCAAAGGACUCUCGCCCCUGAAUGAAGGCGCAGAGAGAGGCGAUGCGGACGGUAGUGCAGAGGAAAAUUUCUCAAAAAUCCGCUUAGCUAAAGUUCCAAGAGCCAGCCAGAAGCAUAAGGACCCAGCAGGCAGUAAGAGCGCCGUCGUCAGGGAUCCCCUCCCGCCGUCAGAGGGCGUCGCUGCCGCAGCCACGGCGGAGGAGGGCGGCCGCCUCGUCCUCCGCGGCCCGCCUUCCCCGAAUGAGAAAAGCGAGAGCGAGAUCGGGCCAAGCGAUGCGGAAACAAAGCACGAAAAGAAAUUAGCAGCGGCGGCGGGUCAAUCGCAGCCGCCUACCUUGACCCAGCGGGAAACAGAGCAGAACCGUGACACAGUGCGAGAGGCAGCCACGCGCGGCCGCAGUGAUAAUGGGCGCUUCGAACAGGCGACGCUGGACAAAAGCCAAUUCGAAACAGUCUUGGAACCUUUAACUUCUCACAGACUCGACCCGGUCAAUGUUUCGACGACGAUGAGCAACACGGAGUUUCUGCUGGACUCGAGGAUUUUCGAUAAAGUGUACAGCCCGUUCUCGCUCCCCUCCGUCCCGGCCCCGAUUGGCAGGGAAAAGGCAGGAGGCCAGGGCAGGUACGGACAGGCGGCAAGAAAGGAGCCCCAGGAAAGAAUGACAGAAAGCGGACGUCCAUUCACGACCGAAGGGUACACUCAGAUAGAUCACCCUAAGAUGAGAGAUUACUUCCACGAGGUGAGACACAAGCCCAGUUCCAGCGGAGACAAGUCUUCGGACGAGAAAUUCCACAAACUCAUUUAUGAAUCCACUCAAGACAUCAUCGAGAGAGCUUCGUUAGAAGAACGACGUAAAGCAUUAUUUAAACCGCGCCCGUCUGCACACCAUAGCCGACACGUAGGCGGCAUGGGUGGCAAGGCAAGCAUAGGAGAAACCAAAGUGCAGGCGUCCAAAAGCAGUAACAGAAGCAUUCCUCCAGUCACGCCCAGGCCCCGCGUCGAUGCUGGUGAUGAUUCUUAUACAUUCACAUGUGGAUCUGGCACCUCCUUCUCCUUCAUGACGAUCAGGAGAUUUCCUUUGGACUCCGAAAGUGAAGAUGCUCACGCGGAAGGCUCCACCACGGUGCCGGUCUACAGCAUCCCUUCUGCUGUCGAUCUCCACGGCAGCGGGAGCGAGAUCGAUCUCCAAACGCAGCGGAGGGACCCUCCAGAAGGACUAAGAGUCAAUGAUGCUGCAGGAGAUAGAGAAGGCGAAAAUGACCGAGAAGGAACUGACGAGAUAGAAGGCGAGAUCGACACGCUCUUCUCGCCGCUCGAUUACCUCUUGGAGGAACACGGGAUUAGCGACGAGACCUUCGGGAAACCGACGGCCGCCGAGCGUCUCCAUCCCCUUCCCCGCCCGACAGGACACUUCGGCGAGACGAAGGAAGACCAAAGGAUCAUUGAGGAAGCGCGAGCGGGUCUGGAUAUCCCUCGGCUACGAGACUCCGAGACCCAGGAGAGGCGGCGGACUCAGAGGCCCAGUCGCGGGGGUGAGAGCUCGCGAGAAAGUCUGAAUGAACAGCACCGAUUUGACAGCCCGAUUCGACCUCAACCUGUUAAACGAGAGAAUGGAGUGAAGUUUGACACGGACGUUCCAGGUCGCCAACAGGCCGCGAACCAUCAGCAAAACCACGCCCCUCGCCGUCCCCAGCAUGACUUGGAUAACAGUUUCAGUUCCUCAAGAGAAAAUAAGAAUCAGAACUUCGUAAACUCAAACGAAAAAUUGGUGCAAACGGAAACGAAUCAAGUUGCUGAAGGAUUCAGUCGAAAUGAUCCACCGACGAUAAAAAACGCUGGAUUGCUUCCUUCGUUCGAUGAGACACUUCCCCGCCGUGACACACCUCCGCUGUCACCGCGUCCAUUUGUCAAGUUAGCUCCUCUCCCCCCGCCCGCCUUGCUUCGCCCUCCGCUUCUCCCAAAAGGACGAGAAUCCUUUGGAAGAGACCGCGUUGCCAAUGAGGUACCCCGCUUGCCUUCGGCGCUAGUCCCCCCUGUGCCGCCUGCCUUUGGCCCUCCGACGGAACCUCCUCUGCUUAUGCGGCCUCCAGAGCUGAUCCUACAGCCCACUCCGCCGCCCCAAGUACUCCCUCCUCCACCCACGCCCAAUGGACAAGUCAGGUUGCCAGCUGUGAUCGACACAGUCCCACCCUUCAGCAAUUCUCUGGAAGCCCAAAACGUGGUCGACGCCUUCCCCUCUGGAGCUCGCCCCUCCGAGAACGCCAUCGAAGGGGGUCCCUUUAAGAGCGAGGACGUGGGCAGCGCGUCACAAACAUCUUUCUCGAAGCGACCGCGCAUAGAAUUCAACGAAUUUCAUGACCUGAUCGACUUCGAACUUAACCGAGCGCCUCAAAACAAACUAGCCAAAGAUCUAGUUUCUAGUGAAGGAGGAAGUUUUCCUAGACUCGAGGGCAGCUCUUCAACUGCCAAUGACUUCCUGAAGCCUCCUCCUUUGCUCCAGCGCCCGACGUCAUUCGUACCUCCUCCUCCCCCUCCAAUUCCCUCGGAAAGGAAACCCCUCACCCCCUUCCCCUUGGGCCGGCCGGGGCAGAGUCGGCCCGAGGUGCCCCUGCCCCGGCCCUCGCCCAGCACCAAGGGGAGGAUCGAAAAACCCUUCCAGCUUCCACAGGUGCUGGUCAACGACAUCCCUCUCGCGUUUACCACACGAGGCCCUACUUUCUCUCCCGUUCACAUUAAUGUCCCUGGUCACGUAGUGAAGAUUCCCCCGCCUGGAGGAAUUCGUCCGCCCAACCAGCAGGCAUUUCUAGGAAACAAACCAUCUUUACUACGCGAAAAUCGAAGCCCCACUCAAACAGAAAACAGCCAAAGGAAUAAUCCCCCACCUCCUGUAGUAUUCGGAGGCCCUCGACCUGGAGCCUUAGUAGGAUUUCAAAUGAAACUUCCUCGCAAUCAACUCAGUCCUCCUCCGCCUAUCCGGCAUGGCGCAGGGCCUCUUCCAGGCCCUAGGCCAGCAGCUGUUCCUUUGCCAAAGGAGAAUCUUGCGGUCGCACAACCAGUUCGCAGCGUAAAGCAUGAGCCAAACGUGAACGGUGUUUCGCCGAUUAGCGCCCCGGUGGGUAACUUUGACAGCGUUCAACCAUUACCCAGCUCUCGUCCUCCACAAACCGCUGUCCCAUCGACACCACCUGUUUUCCGCGCCCCACCCCCUCCCCAUCCCCUGCCCAGUCGAAGUCCUCUUCCCUUCCACAUCCCUGAGAUCAUGUCUCCACCGCCUCCCCCUCCACCUCGGCUCCCGGAAGUCCACCCGAGACCCCCGCCCUUCCACCCGUCGACGAAUGUCCCGACGAUCCCGAAACCGCCACACUUCCCCGGCGACGACUUCGACGCCCCACCGAGGAACGAGCACCAGAGGGACUUCCCUCAAGGCGGAAAAUCCUUUGAUUUCCAAAAUUCCUUAGAAUUCCAAGGAACGGAUACCAGAAACCGCGUCCGAUUCCCUUCCGGCAACGAGCUCGAGAGUGACUUCGUCCCCGUCCAUGACGUGUCUCAACCGCUGCCUCCGAUGAUCCUGCAGCCGCGCCUGUCGGAGAGCCACGCCAAGAUGAUGAGGAACCUGCGCUACGGCGUCAAUGGCGAGCCUCUUGACAUAUGGAUUCCUAUUCAAGUCACGGGACGAUCGAAGCUGAGGCACAGCUCCGACGUCGGCGGGGUUGCAAAUCAUCACUACGAUGACCCCGACUACCACGACUCCUUCGGGGACACCUACGACUAUCAUGACGACAACGACUAUGGUGACUACCGUGAUUUCAACGACGACUAUGGUGACUACGACUACCAUAAUCGCCGUUCGGGACACCUCGACGAUGACUCUGACGACGCGAACAACGACGCAAAGAAAGGGGAAAAGGUCGUACCGAAACCGAGGGCGUUGGACGACCCUGCGGCGCUCGAGGGACCGAGGUUCGACGUCGUGAAUCUGCACGAAAUAAAUACCAGUAGGAAACUAAAUUAAGAGAGAAAGGAAGAGAAGGGGAAACAUUAUUAUGGCAGGAAGAGAGAGAGAGAAAGAGAGAGAGAGAGAGAGAGAGAGAGAGAGAGAGAGAGAGAGAGAGAGAGAGAGAGAGAGAGAGA